AUGAAGAACGUUGCGACCCUUGCAGCCUUCGCUGCUGGGGCUAAUGCCCUUGUUGGCCGGAGCGACUCUUGCUGCUUUCACCUGACAGCUUCUGGUGAUGCUUCUGGCACCAUUGGCCAGCUGGGUGAUGGUCAGAACCGCAUUGGUGGUGGACUGCCCGCCACCCAAUUCUGCAUUGACUCCAAUGGUGGCAUCACUGAUAGCAGCGGACGCGGUUGUGUCGUGACUAGCGAUACCACGCAGUUCCAGUGUGACUUGGGUAAAUCUCCUAUGUCGGGUUUCUCCAUCACCUCCUCUGGUGAGCUGGAGUACAACGGUGACGCCGAUUUUGUUGCCUGCCAAACUGGCGACAACAACGAACUGAACCUUUACACCACCGAGAACUCCUCCGUCACUGGCUGCGAGAACAUCAAGUUGACAGCUGAUUCCUGCGCGGGCUCUGGUGCUGGUUCUGUUGGUUCUAGCUCUGCUCCGGCUUCGACCCCCGCGCCUCAGUCCAGCACGCCGGCUCCUGCUCCUUCCUCCAGCGCUCCAGGUGUCCCUGGCGCUGGUGCGUCGACUGGUUGGGUUCCCGGUGGUCCUGCCUCCAGUGCUUCCGUGCCCUACGGUCCUGGUCCCCAGUCUAGCGGCGCCGUGCAAGUGACGACCGUCUAUGUGACUGAAACCUACUGUGGUGCUGAGACUACUCCUGUGGUUUCUGUUCCUGGGGAGAGUACUGUUCCGCUGGUUCCCGUUGGACCCGGGUCUUCUGCUCCCGCUGGCUCCCAGCCGGCCCCGUCCGGAUCCCCUGCUCCUCAGCCAUCCGAGACUCCAUCCUACCCUCAGUCGUCCGAAAGCCCUGCUCCUCAGCCUUCGGAAACUCCUUCGUACCCCCAGUCCUCGGAGACCCCGGCCCCCCAGCCUUCUGAGACUCCCGCUCCUCAGCCCUCUGGCUCUCCUGCUCCUCAGCCAUCCGGGUCUCCGGCUCCCCAGCCUUCCUCCUACCCCCAGACCUCUGGAACUCCUGCUCCUCAGCCGUCUGGUACUCCCUCUUACCCCCAGACCUCCGCGUCUCCCAGCAGCGCUCAGCCUUCUGGCACGGCUACCCAGUCGUCCUCUGCCAGCUGCCCCACCGAUCUCUCUGGCGACUAUGAGUACCCUCACUUGAUCGUCCCCAUCAACUCUUCUACUCCCGACACCGCCUACGGUACUCAGUACUUCGGCACCGUCUCCUCCACCGUCUCGACCAUCUUCAACUUCGAUAUCCCCUCUUCGGACUCUGGAAAGACCUGCAGUCUGAUCUUCCUGUUCCCCACCAAGGAUCAGCUUGAGACCUCUGACUACACCUUCAGCGGAGACGGCAAGAUUGACUUCUCCCAGCUCGAGUCUGCUGCUAGUGAGUCGACGACCUACAACAACGCUCCUGGGGUCAAGCAGGACUACGGCGACUUCACCGUCUCGCCUGGCAACUCCUACCUGAUCUCCACGUUCUCCUGCCCGGCUGGCCAGACUGUCAGCUACGAGAUGAAGGAGGCUGGUAGCACCUACCUCAACUUCUUUGAGGACUACAACCCCUCUCCUCUCGGUCUGUACAUCACGGUCUGCUAA